AUGGCUCUUUCUGAGACGUGGGUACAGUUUGUAAUGGCCGCCACUCUUCCCUGCUCCACAGACCAGGCCAGCAUCCAGGCCGCCGCCCUGCCUGGCACUGACGGCUGUCUGGCCUCCCCGAGGGUCCCUGCAGGACUGGACGCGGUGUGUGCUGGCGGGAGUGGUGCUGCGGUGGAGGUCGUGAGGCCGGGCACCAGCAUGAGCAGCUGGCGGCGGCGGCAACAGCAGCAGCAGCAACAGCAGCAGCCAGCCUCAGGUGUGGGGAGGCACAGGCAUGGUGGCAAGAAUCACCUGGAGGCAGGCAGCUCUGUCCACAGAGGAGAGAGCAAGUUUGAGUGCCAGCAGUGUGACAAAACUUUUGUAUCCAGACAUGGCCUUAAGUACCACACCCUGACACACAGUGGUGUUAGAAAUUAUGAGUAUGGUGAGUGUAGCAAGAAAUUUACAAGUAAGUCUAACCUCAACACACACACCCUGACACACAGUGGUGUUAGAAAUUAUGAGUGUGAUGAGUGUGGGAAGAAAUUUACCCACAAGUCUUCCCUCACCACACACACCCUGACACACAGUGAUGUUAGAAAUUAUGAGUGUGAUGAGUGUGGGAAGAAAUUUACCCAUAAGUCUAACCUCACCAAACACACACUGACACACAGUGGUCUUAGAAAUUAUGUGUGUGAUGAGUGUGGGAAGAAAUUUAUCAGAAAGUCUACCCUCACCAGACACACCCUCACACACAGUGGUGUUAAAAAUUAUGAGUGUGAUGAGUGUGAGAAGAAAUUUACCCACAAGUUUCACCUCACCACACACACCCUGACACACAGUGGUGUUAGAAAUUAUGAGUGUGAUGAGUGUGAGAAGAAAUUUACCCACAAGUUUCACCUCACCAUACACACCCUGACACACAGUGGUGUUAGAAAUUAUGAGUGUGAUGACUGUGGGAAGAAAUUUACCCACAAGUCUUCCCUCAACACACACACCCUGACACACAGUGGUGUUAAAUAUUAUGAGUGUCAUGAAUGUAGGAAGAAAUUUAUCAGAAAGUCUAGCCUCACCAGACACACCCUGACACACAGUGGUGUUAGAAAUUAUGAGUGUGAUGAGUGUGGGAAGAAAUUUACCCAAAAGUCUUCCCUCACCACACACACCCUGACACACAGUGGUGUUAGAAAUUAUGAGUGUGAUGAGUGUGGGAAGAAAUUUACCCACAAGUGUAACCUCACCACACACACCCUGACACACAGUGGUGUUAAAAAUUAUGAGUGUGAUGAGUGUGGGAAGAAAUUUACCAAAAAGUUUUCUCUCAACACACACACCCUGACACACAGUGGUGUUAAACAUUAUGAGUGUGAUGAGUGUGGGAAGAAAUUUACCCACAAGUCUUCCCUUAACACACACACCCUGACACACAGUGGUGUUAAAAAUUAUGAGUGUGGUGAGUGUGAGAAGAAAUUUACCCACAAGUCUUACCUCACCACUCACACCCUGACACACAGUGGUGUUAGAAAUUAUGAGUGUGAUGAGUGUGGGAAGAAAUUUACCCAUAAGUCUUACCUCACCACACACACCCUGACACACAGUGGUGUUAAAAAUUAUGAGUGUGAUGAGUGUGGGAAGAAAUUUACCCACAAGUCUUCCCUUAACACACACACCCUGACACACAGUGGUGUUAAAAAUUAUGAGUGUGAUGAGUGUGGGAAGAAAUUUACCACCAUUUCUCGUCUCAAUCAACACGCCUUCAGACACACUGGGGUGAGGGAGUUCGAGUGUGAUGUUUGUGGCAAGUGUUUCAAGACAAAGGGUGAGAUUGCCAGGCACGUGAAGAUCCACUUCCUUCCUGCAGAUUUGGCUGCGGCGUGUGCUGGCGGGAGUGGUGCUAUGGUGGAGGUUGUGAGGCCGGGCAGCAGCAUGAGUGGCCGGUGGCAGCAGCAGCAGUCUGCCUCAGGUGUGGGGAGACGCAGGUGUGGUGGCAAGAAUCACCUGGAGGCAGGCAGCUCUGUCCACAGAGGAGAGAGCAAGUUUGAGUGCCAGCAGUGUGACAAAACUUUUGUAUCCAGACAAGGCCUUAAGUACCACACCCUGACACACAGUGGUGUUAGAAAUUAUGAGUGUGGUGAGUGUAGCAAGAAAUUUACAAGAAAGUCUAACCUCACCAGACACACCCUGACACACAGUGGUGUUAGAAAUUAUCAGUGUGAUAAGUGUGGAAAGAAAUUUACCACUAAGUCUUACCUCACCACACACACCCUGACACACAGUGGUGUUACAAAUUAUGAGUGUGAUGAGUGUGGGAAGAAAUUUACCCACAAGUCUUCCCUCACCACACACACCCUGACACACAGUGGUGUUAAGAAUUAUGAGUGUGACGAGUGUGGAAAGAAAUUUACCCACAAGUCUUCCCUCACCACACACACCCUGACACACAGUGGUGUUAAGAAUUAUGAGUGUGAUGAGUGUGGCAAAAGAUUUCCUACCAUUUCUCAUCUCAAUAAACACACCUUCAGACACACUGGCUUGAGGGAGUUCAAGUGUGAUGUUUGUGGCAAGUGUUUCAAGACAAGGGGUUGAUAUUGCCAGGCACAUGAGGGUCCACUUUUGAGGUGUGUUGUAUGCAUGAGUGGGACCACACCCAUGCCUGUGAUGGUGGUGGUGGUGAUGGUGGUGGUGGCAGUGGCGGCAGUGGUGGCAACCGUGCCUGUGUGUGCUGUGAGGGAAUAAUGGCCCCAGCAAUUGUUUUGUGUGGUGGUGGUGGCGGUGGCGGCCAUGCCCAGGUGUGCUGUGAGGGAGCAGUGGCCGCAGCAGUUGUUUUGUUGGCAGUGCAGGUGUGACUUUCAAUAAAUGUGUGUGUAACAUCA